AUGUUGCGCAGCCUCCUGCUUGCUCUGUGUAUCUCGACGGUGACGGCCGUCGCGCCAUGCGCUGGCGAAGACGUAGGCAUGGCUCUCAUGGGCCCGCUCACGAGCCUCGACGCCGAGGGCUGCGCCAAGGACACGGGCAACAUGAACCUCAUCGGCGGCGUCUGGACGCACGCGCAAGCCACGAAAAUCCUGGGCAGCGACCACUGCGCCAAGAUGUGGGCCGAGAUGGCCGCCAACCUCAAGAUGAUCCCCGAGUGCACGUAUGCGGCGGGCAUGACCAAUGUAAAGUACGCGGCCCAGUCGUUCGCAGAGUUCGCCAACGACAUUGUAAAGAGUACCGGUGCCCUCCCGGCGACGACCGCGCCGGCCCCCGCGUCGUCGGCCAAGGUAUCGAAGCCGACGACGCCCGCGUCAACGACGGCCCCAUCGGCGAUCGCGACGCCUGCCAACAGCACGGCGACCCCGACGACGGCGACGACGACAAGCGACAACCCGACCACGACGGUGCCGGUUGCAGAUGCCACAUCCAAGCCGACAACCGCGCUGACAACCGCACCGACGACCGCACCGACGACCACAGCACCGACGACCGCACCGUCGGCAGCGACCUCGGCGAUCCUCACGACCACCGUCCUUGCCGUUGCCGUGACCAUGCUCCUGUAG